AUGAAGAUCGCUAGUGUUCAAGACUGGAGUCUGCCUCUGCGCUGCUCCCUCACCGCCGACGUCUCAGCAGCCCCGCCAUCAACACAUCUGCAACUGCGCGUCAAAGCCGUCAGGGUUGCACUCCAUUGUGCAGGAGCGUCCUGGGCGCCUGCUCUACAUCGACGCCCCAACGGCGCCGCUACUGCCGAGCACGCCAAUGUGCUCAAUUGCGACCUCGUGCUCCUCCCGAGCGCCAGCUGCGGCCCCGUCGCCGUCGCCGCCCUUGUCAACCCAGUUUCCAGCUGUUGGAUGGCGCUGUGUCGGCGAGUCAUAAGUGGCCUAACCGUCCUCAUCUUGGCUGUUACCAGCACGAUCGGUUGGGCCGGUGCGCAGGUGGCGCGCUUUCUUAGCGACGCAAGGGUGCUGGGCGUGUCGAGAAGCAUUGUGGAGGGAGUCGGCGUUGACGAGCAUGUUUUGCUCCCACCGUCUGAUCAGCGGUUGAAUAUCUCCGGCCUCGGACGUGUCCAUGUCAUCCUGGACUAUAUGGGCGGAACACGGGCGCGGCAUAUGCUGGAAACGGUAGUGAACACCGUAUAA